AUGUCGGAUGCAAUCGAUGCAUUAUUUGGAUGCUUACAACUUCCUGAUUAUAGUGAACAAUCCGAAGUCUUUGUGUUCCUUCACAAUUGGAAGUUGAUGGCCAAUGACCCCAACUUUAUCUUUGAUUUUAUCCAAAGUUGUCAUGAUUUGCUUUUGUUUCGAACCCAUCAAUCUCAAAGCAUAUUAAGAAUCCUUGGUUCCGUAUUAAGUUCUGUUUCUGAUUGCGACUGUGAUCUAUCGAACUUCAUCUUCUCAUUCAUUUCAAGCAUUCUUAAUGCUUCUCCAAUCAAUAAGAUAAGGGUCUUUUCUUCUGAAUUGAUACAGUUUCUUCUUGAUCAGAUCUUGAGCGAUCAUUUUUCCUCAUUGCUACGCAAUUCGUUAACUCAGAUAUUUUAUUCAUUGACUGAAUUGGGACUCUCUUAUACCCAAUUGGCACAGAUAUACAAGGCUAGUCUCACUGAUGACUAUGCCCUUGAUCUUCUUUACAACUGCUUCCAUCUAUACCCAACAUCAUUCAAAUCUCUCAUCCUUACGAACACAUCUUCCCUUCACUUCCGGAAUUUGCAUUUUCAUGAUGUUCGUAAAGGUUUCACUUUGUCCACGCGGUUCCAAUUGCAUUCAGGCUUCCACAACGUCGAUCAUCCGGAAAUUGACCCGUUUACUCUAAUGGAGAUAUCCAAUGAAGACAACUGUUCCAUUAUUCGCUAUUCUAUUGAGGAUUCUAAACUCGUAAUACAGUGUAAGGACACUUCAUAUGCCUUCGAGUCGUUCUCUUUCGAGCUCGGAAAUCUGUAUAAUGUCUGUUUACUUCAUCGUUGCGACAGCAAGAAGUCUUCCGUGGUAGAUCUAUACAUUGAUGGAGAAUUCAUACAGUCUAGAACCGUUGUUCCAAUCUUUCUGCAUCUUUCCACAUCAAAAUCCUUGUUUGGAAGCCACGUACCCUCUAACUUGAAUCUCACUCUCUCAGUUUCCAGCUCUAGCAAUGCCACUAACGUCAUUCCAGAAUUAGCUAACUUGAUUGUCAUCAAUGGAAUUCAGUCGAGAAAUUGGAUCCUAUUGGCUCACAGUUUAGGUCCCAACUAUGCCGGCACUUACCAGGACACUCAUCUAGCUUCACUGUUGGAUCCAAAAUCCGUCAUGACUAUCAAACUCAAGCUUCGUGAAUAUUUGGAAACAGAUGGAAGAUCCAAAAAGGAUUUUGAUCCUUUUGUGUCUAAUAUAAUCGUUGAUCCACGUGAUCUCGUAUUGAAUUUCCACUGCUCGAACGUGGAACGAAGCGAUCGGGGUAUAAAAAUCAAUAUUCAAACCAGCAUAUUGCGCACUGAACGGCCUCAACCGGUUUUUAUUACUCGUCCAGAGGAUGGAGAUGUUCUUUACUGGAACCCUUAUUCCUUAAUCAACCGUCUUUUUUCUGUAGGAGGAUUUGGCAUUGUGCUUAGGCUUAUUGCCGAAUCUACCACUACUGACCAACUAGUAAAGUCGCUUGAACUCCUAUUCCAUGUCUUAGAGACCGAUUCAAGAUCUUUAGCAGAGUUCGGAUCCAAAUCUGGUUAUGAUGUCUUGGCAACGUUGCUUAAGACAAAAAAAUCUCUCAUCCAAAUGGAGGUCCUCAUGGUUAUUUUAAAGUUUAUUGGUUAUAACGAAGAUUCCCCCGCUGACUCAAUCAUUGCUAAUGGCCUAGCUUAUUGCUCCCUUAUUGCCGAUUUCGAAAUAUGGCAACCACAGCAAACUAUUGACUGUCAAAUUGACCCCAAGAGUAAGGAUACUUUCAAGUUUGUUCUUUUCCAGCUUUCUAUGUUUGGAGAAGGAAGCAAAUAUCACUCUUACAAUCUUAAGAAACUCGGUGACAUGAAAAUUGUCAAGAGAGUUAUUCAAGCGUUAAAAUAUAGACUUGUUGAUGAGGAUUUGUUGCCAAUACUUUGCAACUCAUUGUUGAUCCUAGUGAGGCUGAACCCUACACCCAGCGUUAUUAGGGCUAUGUCUUUAUACGUGGUAUAUGCACUUCAGGCUAAGGAUUCAGAUAUCAGUUCAGAUCUUGACAAAAAGUGUGGCGCCUCUAUAUUGGACAUUAUUGUAUCUCUAGUUUGCGAUCCAGUUGACAUUAUGACACCAGGCAAUUUUAGAAAGGUUUUGAAGUCUAUUAACGCAAAAUGGCUUAUGAUUUUACUGGAUUCUGGUGAAGAAGGCGUGGUUAAAAUGGCCCUACAGCUCUUAAUUAGAGUACUGAGUAUACUUGGUCCAAGAGCGCGCAGGGCUUUUAAUGAUAGUGGUGGGCUGGUAAUGCUUCGUAAAUCUCUUUCCCUGAAAUGGCGAGAUGACGAUCUAAUUACUAUUCUCUUUGCUGGCUCUUUUGGUGUCUCAUAUUCUCUAGAAAAGCUCUCCGUGGACUUUGGUACUGUGAAUUUUCUCAAAAGGCUUUGCGAAGAUCCUGCCGAGCUAUCUCUUAUUAUGCCCGGUUUCCUUUCGGUGAUUAAUGGAUUGCUAGAAACUUCCAUUAACGAGGUUCAGGAUCUCAUCGAUGAUGAUAAAUUUUCUCUGCUCGACGACACCGUCUUGGAUGCGCUAAGCUCGCUUGAGUUGUAUUAUCAGGUAUUAACCAUAUCAUUUAAUGAGAUCCCUGCCCUUCGCGUGUUUAUCAAGGAUGAUAUGAAUUGGACUUCUGAAUUCUUGUUGAUUGUUCUUAGUUUAUACAGCCUAGAUCAUAUAGACGAGUUCUCUAGCUUCUACCAUCGGUAUUCCGAGUUCUCUGGGUCGAUCUUCAUUGGAAAACUAUUUGAUCCUUCUUCUUCAAGCGCUAAUGAUAAGAAGUAUCUAUGGAAGUUUUGUUCACGUGAUCCUGCAUUGUUCUCUUUAACGGUCAUGCCACGCGUUUUUGAGCACAUUCAUAGCUUUCAACAGACGGAACAAUCGUUCAUUAAGGAUACUAUUGCGGCUUCUUGCUUUUUUCGGAUAAUGUCUGAUUACUUCGGAACAGGAUCGGAUUUCAUAUUUGAUGACAAUGAUUUUCUACAAAGUCUUGAUGUUGUGGGAUCAAUUCUUUUUGAGGCUGAUCGAACAGAGUACCCAGCGAGGUCUGAUUCAACUUUCAAAAUCUGUAGAGCCGCUUUUGCUCGUUCCUAUUUGAGAUUCUUUACUAGAUGCACCGAAGAGGAAAUUAAGGAGCCUUUCUCCAGAUUGUCUCACAUCAAAUUCUGUUUCUCCAACUUCAUGUUGUAUGGAAAAGUUAUAUCUGAAGGCUUAGAGGAGGAAGAACAAGGAGUGAUUUUUCUUCUCUCGUUGCUCUUCAAGAAUUUGCUGGUUGAUGAUGAGGAAAUUUCUAGUCUUGCUGCAAACUGUCUGAGAAUGAUUGUCAUGAACGGUGGGGACUUGCCUGAACUGUCCAAAAAGUUUGCGCUCUCUUUCAAAGAGUCCGUCUCUUUGAACGAUCUGGAGCUGAAGGUUUAUCUCUGCUCUGAAAUGGACUUGAAGAAUAUGCUAAAUGGCAAAUUCAACGAAGCAUUGACGGCCUCAAGGCAAGCUAAGGCCUCUAAACUCAAAUCAGAGUUUAUUAAAGAGCUUAUAGCAAACUAUCGACUCAAAAUACAUGUUCAACAUCUCAAAAGAUGGAAUCUUGAGUCGAUUUCGAAGGCCAUAACGGAAGCAGAACUCCACAAGUUUAACAGGCACAUUCAAGACGAUAAUGAUGAUCUUUCAUACUAUAUUAGUACGUACGAUAGAAUUUGUUCAAAAAUUCCAGUGGAUGACAUAAAGUUCAAAUUAUAUUUGGAUUCCACUGAAGGAAGGUUCAGAAUGAGAAGGAAGAUACUACGUGAACCGACUUUGGAAUCGACAGUGUUGCCCAGAGGCGCAGAUACCAUCACACUGGAUGAAUCAGAGAAUGCUCUCUUAGGUAUUGAGUCUGAUACUGAUACUGCAAGUUACGAAUUCGUUUCGGAGCAGGUGGAUUUGGAAACUUCGUUAGAAGAUAAAAACCGAAAGGUUGUAAGAAGCUUGUAUGUUCAUGACAAGAUUGUACAAAUCUCUAAUGUGACACAGAUUCUUGGCUUAGAGACCUUUGAAAUGAUUGUUAUUAUCGGUCUGACACACUUGUACCUGAUUGAGAAUUACUUCCAUACAGAUGACGGCAAUAUAGUGGAUAUUGACGAUGCACCUAAGUCUGUACGUGAUCCCUAUGUGCAACUUAUAGCCAAGAAUGAUCCUAAUAAUGCAACUUUCAGCUCGGCCACUCACAAUAUAGAACCUACAAAACGAGACAAAUUGCAUAGAACAAGAAGCUGGAGACUGGAUCGUCUUGUGUCUAUUUCAAAAAGGAAGUUCUUACUGAGAGAUGUAGCCGCAGAGCUGUUCUUUGCCGAUGGUAGCUCUGUUCUUAUCACCUGCGGUACUAAGUCUCGUCGAAACUUGUUGUUAGGUCAGUUAUCGUCAAAGAUAACUGCCAAAUAUACCGAUGAGGAUUUGGAGGAAGCCAUGAAAUUGGCUUCCAAGCAGAAGAUCACAUUUGUGAAUCGCCGUGAUAACGGUAAGUUAAGCUCAAUUCUUUUCAAUACGUUCAUUAAUACCGGUGUGCCGCCUUCAGCCAAUGUAAGCUUUUCGAGGAUUACCAAGAAAUGGAAGCAUGGAGAACUCUCCAAUUUUUACUAUCUUAUGCUUAUUAAUACUAUGGCUGGACGGACUUUCAAUGACUUGACGCAGUACCCGGUGUUCCCGUUCGUGAUUGCUGAUUACGAAUCUGACGAGUUAAACCUCGACGACCCGUCCUCUUUCAGGGAUUUAUCAAAACCCAUGGGUGCCCAGGCUAGUAAGCGUGCAGGCAAGUUCAAAGAACGAUACGAAGCCUCUGCAGAAAUGGCUCCCGAUGUUCCUCCAGCACACUAUGGAACACACUAUUCUUCUGCCAUGGUGGUCGCUUCGUAUUUAAUCCGUAUGGAGCCAUUUGUAAGAUCGUAUUUAAUCUUACAAGGAGGUAAAUUUGACCAUGCGGACAGGCUUUUUUAUUCUUUAGCAAAAACCUGGAAGAGUGCUUCUUGUGACAAUACUUCAGAUGUCAGAGAGCUCAUUCCGGAGUUUUAUUACUUACCAGAGUUUUUGGUGAACUGCAACAACUUUGAUUUUGGUGAUCUUCAGGAUGGAACUGCUGUGAAUGAUGUUAUUUUGCCUCCCUGGGCGCAUAAUGAUCCUAAAAUAUUUGUUGAAAAGAUGAGGCAGGCUUUGGAGUCUGAUUAUGUGUCUCAGCAUCUUCCGGAAUGGAUUGAUCUUGUCUUUGGAUACAAGCAAAGAGGAGAGGAAGCUGUUCUUUCUUUGAAUGUAUUUCAUCAUUUAAGCUAUGCUGGUGCCAUAGACUUGGAAGCGGUUGCUGAUGAACGGGAGAAGGCUGUGGUUAUUUCUACAAUCCAUAACUUUGGCCAAACACCUCUUCAGAUAUUCAGCAAACCUCAUCCGAAAAGAUGGACACUGUUGGCAAAAUUUUCAUUCGAUGUGAACUCGUUGGUUGGGUUCCCGGUAAGUCGUGGUAGACAUACCCUUAAGGGUGCUGUUGAUGAGAUAGUGUUUGAUUUGGAGCACAAGGAAUGGAAGACUUUGAGCGCUGAUGUCCGUUCCAAUGGUAAGUUGACUAUACGUAAGUACUCGUCGUGCAACUUGAUUCUGAAUGAGAGUCUAGUUUUCGAGCAGUUAAGUCAAGAUCGAAUCACCAAAUUUGAACUUAUAGGUAGCGAUAACCUAUUUGUGGUCGGCUUUGAGGAUGGAUCUUUAAUUCUGUACAAGUUGACUGCUGAUACUUUGAGUAGCAUCACAAAUUCCCAGAGGUCUUCCAUUCAACAGACCAGAAUGUAUUCAGGUUUGGCCAAUCCAAAUUGUCUCAGACUUCAGAGUAUGGACGUUAUGAGGAGUCAUUCUGAUGCUAUUAAGGAUAUUAAGGUGUCACAUUAUAAUGGAGUUUUACUCACUCUCAGUGAUAACGGAGAAGCAAUGCUAUGGAAUUUGGCUGAUUGUGAGAAGAUUAGGGAUAUUGGCAAUGGAAAUGAGAAUUUGGUGAACAUUUCAGAAGAAUAUGGAUAUAUAGCUACGGUGGACGGAGAAAACUAUCUCAAGUUGUUCACUAUUAAUGGGGAUUUGAUUAGCCAAGUGCUGCUGAAAAAGGGCGCUAUCGUGGUCGAAUUCUCUGAGUUUAACUUGCCGUUUGGAUGCAAAGUGAACAAUAGCCCAUGGAUGCACGUUGCCAUAGUGGCGGUUGGAUUUGAAGAUGGAACGGUGUUAAUUUAUCAGCUAAUGUUGGAAAAAACAUGGAAUUUGGCUAAAAUAGGAGAACUCGGGACCGAGAAUAAGAUUACUGCUCUUAAGUUGAAGCUAGGAAUUGCAUUGGAUGGAGAAGGUAAUAAGGUUGGACGAGGUCAGUUAUUGGCUGGAACGGAUGACGGAAAGUUACUAAUUUGGGGAUAA